AUGGAACCACCGAAGGACGCCAUUUCGAAGGCAGACGAAGCCCUGCUCGCUGAGCUUGGGUACAAGCAGGAAUUUAAGCGUGCAUUCACGCCCUUGGAGGUUUUUGGGAUAGCUUUUAGUAUCAUUGGUCUACUCCCCUCGAUUGCCUCUGUGCUGUUCUAUGCUGUGCCUAAUGGAGGACCAUCCUCAAUGGUGUGGGGUUGGGCAGUUACGAGUCUUUUCAUCCUCUGCGUAGGGAUGUCGAUGGCCGAAUUGGGUUCCGCAGCCCCGACGUCCGGAGGAUUAUACUUCUGGACGCACUCCUUAUCAUCUCCACGGUGUAGAAAUUUACUUGCCUGGAUUGUUGGGUACUCGAAUACCAUUGGGACCAUUGCGUCGGUCGCAUCUAUUGACUGGGGAUGCGCAGUGCAAAUCAUGGCUGCAGUGUCCAUUGGCUCAAACCAAACUUUUACCGCAACGAGUGCACAAACUUUUGGAGUCUACGUUGCAAUAGUCCUGUCGCACGCAGUUAUAUGCUGCUUGGGAACUGCGGUUCUCGCAAGACUGCAAACAGUUUAUGUUGUACUUAAUGUCUGUUUGUGUCUCGCUGUUAUUAUUGGCCUUCCUGCUGCCACACCAAAGGCGAACAUGAACAGCGCAAGCUAUGCGUUUGGUGAUUUCACAAAUUUGAACGGCUGGCCGGAUGGCUAUGCCUUUAUUCUAAGCUUCCUUGCGCCGGCAUGGACCAUUGCUUCCUUUGACUCCAGUGUGCAUAUCAGCGAGGAAUCGUCGAAUGCUGCUACGGCUGUUCCAUGGGCUAUUGUCAGCGCCGUCGCCAUCGCAGGCAUCCUUGGUUGGGCAAUCAAUGUCUCUCUUGCAUUCUGCAUGGGUAGCGACCUGGAGUCCCUUGCCAAUGUUGGACAGCCCAUGGCUCAAAUUUUCUUCAAUAGCUUCGGCCAAAAGGGAACACUUGCAUUGUGGUCCUUCGUUGUGCUUGUUCAAUAUAUGAUGGGCUCGAGCAUGGUCCUUGCAUCAUCCCGCCAAACAUUCGCAUUUUCUCGUGAUGGCGCACUUCCGUUCUCAUCCUUCCUCUAUCGCAUGAACAGCUUCACCAAGACGCCAGUCAAUACUGUUUGGUUCGUUGCGAUCGUCUCGAUUAUCCUCGGCUUGUUGUCGUUCGCAGGUCCGCAAGCUGUCAACGCCAUAUUUUCUCUCUCUGUGACAGCGUUAUAUAUCGCAUACGCGAUCCCAAUUAUCGCGCGCUUCGUGUUCAAAAACAACUUCAAGCCUGGUCCGUUUAAUCUAGGCAUCUUUAGCAUUCCAGUUGCUUUCAUUGCGGUGUCGUACAUGAUCAUUAUGGAUAUCGUAUUCUUUUUCCCGACGACGCCACAAACGGACGUUGCGAACAUGAACUACACUGUGGUGGUGCUAGGCGGUAUACUCUUUUUGUCUAUCCUGUGGUACUAUUGCCCUGUGUAUGGUGGUGUGCAUUGGUUCACGGGCCCAGUGUCAAACCUUGAGAAGGUGAGUGAGGAGAGCGCGUCGAGUAUUGAGGAGUCAGAGGAAAAGAAUGUGGGCGAGGAUGUUCGGGAGGUACCUGUUGUGGCUUGA